AUGAUCUCCGAUCUUCCGGACGAUUUGGAAUCUGAAAUACUCUCUAGGGUUCCAACCAAGUCUCUAGCAAAAUUGCAAACGAUGGGAAACACUAGACUUGUGGUUUGGGACUCCAGUACCGGUGAAACCCGGUGGAUCAAACCGAGAACUCGUUUUCGGAAUGAUGAUUACUAUGGUUUAGGAUACGUAAACAGCAAGUCUUCUGGCCAUAGCUUCAAAAUCUUGAGGUCUUGCUAUUAUAGAAACGACCAGAAACAAUGGGUUGCUGAGUUUGAGAUCUAUGAGUUUGGCUCUGAUACUUGGAGGGUUCUUGAUUACUUCACUCAUGACUAUGGUGUAUUUUCAAGUGGCGGGCCCUUGAAAAGAAACACUUACUGGGUUGCUGGAGAUAAAGAAAUGGGCAUGUUCAUGUUGUAUUUUGAUUUCACAAGGGAGAGAUUUGGGCAUUUUCCUCUUCCGUUUAAGAGUUUUAAUCGUGAAGAUACUGCUUCUCUAUCAGUUGUUAGGGAAGAAAAACUCUCAGUGUUACAUCAAAAGAUUCUUGAAUUUUCAAAUGAGAUGAAGAUAUGGUUGACCAAUAAGAUUGAUGAAACCAUAGAAUUGUCGUGGAGCAACUUCGUCUUAACAGUGGAUUAUGAUAAGUUUAAUUUACCGAGCGUGGUGAAUGUGGCAAGUUUCUUGUUGGAUGAGGAGAAUAAAGUGGCAGUGUGUUCUGAUAUUGACGUGGAUGAUGAAAAUAGGACCAGAGUCUACCCACUUUCACAUCUCAGAUUCUUGGAUUUUGUAGGAAGAUUAAUGGAUUAGAAAAAACAAAGAGUUAAAACAUUUUGUUGAUCUUUGAGCAGUCGCUCACGUCACCAAUUCUUAUGAAAAUUUAAAUAGUUUGCAAUAAGUAAGAUACUUUAAA